ACUGAGGCGACGGUGCAUACAAAUGAUGACUACUAGCGCUGUUUCCUUGUGACUUGUGUCAUUCGCUCACAAGUUCUUGGCUGUACUUGACCUCUCAAAGGUUCCUCCAUCUCACCUUUGAAGUUGCAUGACUUCUGCUUCUAUGGGAAUUAUGGCAUCACCAUACAAAACAUCUAUCCAGGCAGCGUUAUACAUCCUUUUACAUCUACAGACAACUGCUACACAUCCAUGAGACAGUCUGAGGGCAGAACUUUUGACUUUUUCUCAUGGAGAGGAAGGAACUUUACGAUUGUAUCCUGGACCGAAGCAAACGCAUAAUGUGGCAGGACGACUGCUACGUGGACCUUCAAUCUACAUCUUCCUCUGUGUCUUCACAAACUGAAAGUAAAGACUCCUGCUGGAUCCAAAAGCAUCAAGACCAGCUGCAACGCUUCACAACCACCUCGUUCUUGGAGGAGAUCUUAACCCACCUGAGAAAGGUUGAAGUUCUGACUUCGGCUGAGGAGACCAGGAUCAAGGAAGCAGGCCAGCUGCAGGACCAAGUUAACAUGCUUACUACUACUAUCACCGAAAAGGACUGUCAAGGAACUGAUGCCCUCCGUGGCUUCAUAGAGAGCUCCAAUUCUCAGGUGGCCCAGCUCAUUGUAAACCAUGAUUCCAUGGUGAAGGAGCACAAAGACGUACUGUUAAGACGAUUCGAACAGCACAGAGACAGAGAUUCGUUCAGCUGCUCAAAACUGAACAUCUCCUCAAGAACGUUACUUCUAGUCGAUGGUCUUUCUGACCUCCAGCAAAAGGAACACGACUUAAUGCAGGUGGGAGUGACUCGAGGAAGAAAAAGAAACCACCUAAGACAGUUGGGGCUGGCCAAACUCUUGGAGCCCCUGACCCGUGUCAGUUUACCUCCCAGAGUCUCAGUCACAGUUGGCGUUGCCGGCAUCGGCAAGACUACUUUGGUCCGACACUUCAUCAGACAGUGGUGCCAGGGGGGCUUCUGUACAGAUAUAAGUUUCGUCUUGCCUUUCACCUUUUCUGAGCUGAACUCAUUGGAGAAACUCUCUGCAGAGAGGCUGGUGAAACUGGCCUUUCCUCAUUUAACAGACCCCAGUCUGGUUCUGAGCAGCUCCUGUCGCACUCUGCUCAUACUAGAUGGUUUGGACGAGUUCCGCUGCACCUUAAAUUUCUCUGAUGCAGCUUCCUGUAAUGACCCAAAGAAAGAGGUGUCCAUUGAUGACCUUGUCACAAAUAUCAUUCGGGGGAAUCUGCUCCCUGAUGUUGCAGUGUGGGUGACAUCCAGGCCAAGAGUCGCCUCCCUCAUCCCUGGAGGUUUGGUUGACAGAGUGACUGAGAUACCAGGAUUCAGUCAGAAGGAUAUUCAGCUCUUUCUAAACCAUCACUUCUCUGAGAGGGAAUAUGCCAGUAAAAUAUGGGCACAUUUGGAGUCCCACAAGAUCUUGAUGGUGAUGUGCUACAUUCCAGGGAUUUGCUGGAUAGUGGCUGAUACUCUGACAUACAUCAUGCAGAGUGGGGCACAAGAGAGCCUACCUCGAACUUGCACAGAGCUGUUUGCUCACUUUUGUUCCAUGAAGGCAGAGGUUGGUGAACCAAGAGGAAGGGAGCCAAUAAAAAUGGAGCAGCUUCAUGGUAACAAUCGUAAACUGCUAAGCAACCUCGGACGGCUCGCAUUUUAUGGUCUCCUCAAACACAAGUACACUUUCAGUGAGCAGGACCUCAGAGCUUAUGGGAUAGAUCUUCUGUUAACUCAGUGCAGUCUUGGUGUUGGAGUUCUUGUGCGAGAAGAGUCGGUCAUAUCCACAACAUUCAGGUUCACUCACAUGACUUUGCAGGAGUUUGUUGCAGCUACUUUCUACCAUGUCUCCUCAAAGCGGGCCAUCUUUGAUUUGUUCUCAGAGAGCACCAUGUCUUGGCCGAAGAUCGGUUUUCAGAACCAUUUUAGGAGUGCCUUUCAGCAUUCACAGCAAGUUGAAGAUGGCCACUUAGAUGUGUUUGUGCGCUUCCUGACAGGUCUGCUGUCUUCAGGGGUACUAAAACCUCUAGCUGGACUUCUAGCUAUUGGGAAAGACGACAGCAAUCAGAAAAGUUGGGUUGCGGGGUUUUUACAAGGUCUCUUGGACAGUGGGGGUUCUGUCGUGUCCUUGCGUGCAGUCAACCUGGCUUAUUGUCUGCAGGAGUUGCAACAUACAGAGCUGCUGCGGAGUGUAGAGGAGGACUUACGGCUUGGCAGUCUGGCAGUGAAAUUAUCAAGGCCUCACUGUGUUGUGCUGGGCUACCUCCUGCAUGUGUCGCCAGAGUGCAGCGAACAGACCAACUUGACAGGCUCGCUGACAUACUCCACAGUGAAGUGUUUGCUCCCGCAGCUUCUGUACUGCAGCCAUCUCAGGUUAGAGAAUAAUAACUUCAAAGAUGAUGUCAUGGAACUUCUGGGAAGCCUUCUGAGUGCCAAGGACUGUCACAUUCAGAAAAUAAGUCUGGCAGAGAAUGCUAUCAGCACGAAAGGAGCCAAAGCCUUGAGCCGAGCUCUCCUGGUGAACCGGACACUGACGUCACUCAAUCUCCGGAACAACAACAUCGGCUCCAAAGGUGCAAAAUUCCUGGCUGAGGCUCUGAAAAUGAACCAAGCUCUGGUAUCAAUCAACUUCCAGAACAAUGCCAUUGAGGAGGAAGGUGCUCAGGCGCUUGCAGAAGUCCUGCAGUGCAACCGCAAACUUGUGUCUCUUAAUUUGCAGAAGAAUAGGAUUGGAGCAGGAGGAGCCAAGAGGAUUGCUGAUGCACUGAAGACAAACUUGACACUCACAAAGCUAAUUCUUUGUAGUAACCAGCUUGGGGACAAAGGAACCAUUGCUCUGGCUGAGGCUCUGACAGUCAACCACACCUUGCUCUCACUCCAAUUACAGAGCAACUCAAUCAGCAACCGGGGGAUGACAGCCUUAACCAAGGCACUGAGGUCAAAUCGUGGUCUUCUCUCUUUGAAUUUAAGGGAGAACUCAAUCGGAGUGGAAGGAGCAAAGAACAUGGCUUUCGCCCUCCGUGAGAACCACUCUCUGCAGGACUUGGAUCUCACAGCCAACCUGUUGCAUGAUGAAGGGGUUCAAGCUAUAGCUGGAGCAAUCAAGUCCAAUCAAGGCCUCACAUCUUUGCAUCUCCAGUGGAAUUUCAUCAAGUCCUCGGCCACAAAAGCUCUGGCUUACGCUCUCCUCUCCAACACCGUAAUGCAGCUCUUAGAUCUACAGGAGAAUGCUAUUGGGAAUGAAGGAGUCAUUUUUCUAGCUGAAGCCCUGAAGACCAAUGCCUCUCUGCGGACAUUAUGUCUCCAGGGGGUCUCAGCAGGCACAAGUGGUGCCAUGGCAAUGGCAGAUGCUCUUACAAUGAACCAGACCCUGCAAACACUGGAUCUACGAGGGAACACUGUGGGGAUGGAGGGAGCCAAGGCACUGGCAAAUGCUUUAAAAAGCAACAGAAGUCUGAAGUCUUUGAACUUGCAGGAGAACUCUCUGGGUAUGGACGGAGCCAUAUUCAUUGCAACAGCCUUGAAGGGUAACCACCAGCUAACAUACAUCAAUUUGCAAGGAAAUGGCAUUGGAGAAUCUGGAGCAAAGGUCAUAUCUGACGCCAUAAGAGCCAACGCUCCGGGCUGUGUGGUCGACAUCUAACUAAGGAUGGACAAUCUUCUCCUGGUGCACUUUUUAUAUAAUGUAGCGCAGAAAUAAGAGCAGUAGAUAGCUGUAUGUUCGUACUUGAAUGCAUUCCAUAACCUCUGGAUACGUUUCAUUGUAGUUUUAUUUUAAUAUUUAUUUUAGAGUUACCACUGACAGUGCAGUAUCUAGAAGAGCAUGUUGAUGGCAACAUUACACAGUACUUCUACUCAUCCAACAGAGAGGAGAAACAUCUUUGUUGAGCUGUCCUAAAACUUUGUUCUGUAUAUUUGCUCUAUUUUGCACAAAUCAAACUGGAAUCCACAAAUAAAAUGUAUCUAAUGGAG